AUGGCACCGACCAAUGUCCCUACCGACGCGCCUCGUCCGAUUGUCCUCUCCGGGCCCUCUGGCACUGGAAAGUCUACACUGAUCAAACGACUUUUCGCGAAACAUCCCGAUCUCUUUGGUUUCAGCGUCUCCCACACUACCCGGAAGCCUCGUCCCGGCGAGGAGAAUGGCGUCCACUACCACUUCACAACCCCCGAAGAAUUUGAGAAGAUGAUUGCGGAGAAUGCAUUUGUGGAACAUGCCAAAUUUGGCGGAAACUACUAUGGUUCGUCGAAACAGGCUGUCCAAGAUGUUGCUGAAGGAAGAGGGAAGUCCAUUGAUGGAACACCCGCAGUGGGAAAGAGAAUAUGCAUCUUCGACAUCGAGAUGGAGGGAGUGAAACAAGUGAGGAAGAGCCCGUUGAAUCCAAGGAUAUGCUUCAUUCAACCGCCCAGCAUUGAGAUCCUCGAGCAGAGACUGCGCGGUCGAGGUGACACGAGCGAGGAUGCCAUCCAAAAGCGCCUGGCUCAAGCUAAGAAAGAAAUGGAAUAUUGCCAAACCGAGGGCAAGAACGACAAGGUCAUCAUCAACGACGAUUUGGAUGUCGCAUUCCAGGAGCUGGAUGAAUGGGUGAUGCAAGACAUCUGA